UUGUCUUUUACGCAGUUUAUGCGGCAGCCAUAUUAAAUUAUUAACUGAAGUUAAAAUUUCCAGAAAAAAGAAGAUAAAAUGGGAAACAAUAUGAGUAAACAAAUGAACGAGGCAGUUGUUGAUAAUGAUGUUGUACCAAGCAAAUCUAUGGUAUUGGACACAUUAGGAGAUGACGCACAUGCAGCAGCUAUAUCUGCUAUUAACCAAAUCUUGGAAGACAAACAUCUUGAUUCGGGAGCAUUUGAAAACUAUCACAAUCCGAGUGGACAAGCUUUAAAGACAGACGAUUGGAACUUUGGAAUCAGUGGUUAUCCGAACGAGAGGAACGAUGACUUCGUUAGCCUUAUGCAGAUGAAGACCUUUGGUGACAAUAAUAUGCCGUACCCGAGGAAAGAUACUUUCGAACACAGAGUUGGGUCAAAAAACAAACUAAUUCCACCAAAUUAUCAAGUUGUUGUUAAUUCUUGGAACAACAUUGAAGAUGAGCAGCUGCAUAUCGACGAAGUUGAUAAAGAAGAAAUAUUAAAGGCAGUUAGGAAGGGGAACACAAAAAAGAUUCCUGACUUGGAGGAUGACAUGGAUGAUCCGAUGACCCCUUCAUGCAAUACUGAAAUGUAUGUUAGAGGUUCCAGCUGCACACGCAACAAUGAGUUGGAAGGAGAAGUUAAGAUGUCAUGCGCCAUGGCCUCCAGGAAUACAUGUUAAAUUUCAAUAAAUAUUUCUGAUUA